AGGACAACGCUGCGCACUUGGACUUUGCUUCAUAUUUCUUUAAUGCAAAAGAUCCGUAUUUGAAUAGUCCUCGGGAAGCGCCGGUGCCUACUUGGACUCUUUAUCUGCUUUGAUCUAUACGAAGAGGACGCCACAGUCCGGGAGGGCAGAGAAGAACUGAAGAGCUCGUUGGCACUUGGAAAAAUGACUCUGAAUCGGCUCUUCAGAUCCAACUUCAAGGUUAAUUCUCUUGUCAAAUAUGUUUCUGCUACUGCAAACUGUCAACAGCAUGUCCUUCAAUGUCCAUCAAAUUCAAGAUGGAGCAGUUCAGAAGCAUCUUUGGACACUGACAUGAAAAAGUCGACUGAUGCAAAUAGUGAGAAAGGGUUUAAAGGUCAUGACAUGCUGGCACCAUUCACUGCCGGGUGGCAGAGCACUGAUAUAAAUCCAAUAGUUAUUGACAAAUCUGAGGGAUCUUAUGUUUACGAUGUGAAUGGGAAAAAAUAUCUUGACACUCUUGCAGGAUUGUGGUGCACAGCCUUAGGUGGAAAUGAACCUCGACUUGUGGAAGCUGCAACUGCACAGCUAAAUCGUUUACCAUUUUACCACAACUUUUGGAACCGAACAACAAAGCCUUCUUUGGAUCUUGCAAGUGCUCUUCUUGAAACCUUUACUGCAACAAAGAUGGGUAAAGUUUUCUUCACGAAUAGUGGUUCAGAAGCAAAUGAUUCUCAGGUGAAGCUGGUGUGGUAUUACAACAAUGCAUUAGGAAGGUCACAGAAGAAGAAGUUCAUUGCAAGACAAAAAGCAUAUCAUGGAUCAACAUUAAUAUCGGCAAGCCUUUCAGGUCUCACACCAUUGCAUACAGAAUUUGAUCUGCCUGCACCAUUUGUCUUGCACACUGACUGUCCUCACUACUGGCGCUACCAUUUACCAGGUGAAUCUGAGGAGGAGUUCUCCACCAGAUUAGCAAAUAACUUGGAGAAUCUUAUCUUGAAGGAGGGACCAGAAACAAUUGCAGCAUUUAUUGCGGAGCCAGUGAUGGGUGCUGGAGGUGUCAUUCCCCCUGCUACAUACUUCGAGAAGAUCCAAGCUGUUGUAAAGAAAUAUGAUAUUCUCUUCAUAGCUGAUGAGGUUAUCUGUGCCUUUGGAAGGUUAGGGACAAUGUUUGGUUCUGACAAAUACAACAUUAAACCUGACCUUGUAUCCAUAGCAAAGGCUCUUUCAUCUGCUUACAUGCCUAUUGGUGCUGUUCUUGUUAGCCCAGAAAUUUCAGAGGUCAUAUAUUCUCAAAGCAACAAACUUGGUUCAUUCAGCCAUGGAUUUACCUAUUCUGGCCAUCCAGUUGCUUGUGCAGUUGCUUUAGAAGCAUUGAAGAUUUACAAGGAAAGGAACCUUGUGGAUUAUGUCAGCAGCAUAUCACCAAGGUUCCAAGAUGGUAUACGGGCAUUUGCUGAUAGCCCAAUUAUUGGAGAGAUCAGAGGAACUGGAUUAAUUCUUGGAACUGAGUUUGUAGACAACAAGUCACCCAAUGAUCUGUUUCCACCUGAAUGGAAGGUUGGAGCCUAUUUUGGAGCAGAAUGUGAGAAACGAGGCAUGUUGGUCCGUGUUUCUGGGGAUAAUAUAAUGAUGUCUCCUCCAUUUGUGAUAACCCCUGGAGAAAUUGAUGAACUAAUCAGUAUUUAUGGAGAAGCACUCAAAAGGACAGAGGAGAGGGUUAAAGAGCUCAAAUCACGGAAAUGAGCCCAAGGUCAUUAACUUCCUGUAGUUGUUAUGUUCCUUUGGUGUUAAUGAUGCCAAUUUCAUUUCUGGAAAUAUUUAAUAAAUCUUCUAAAUUUACAUCUUCCAACUA